ACAAACUUACGCAUCCGGGGCUCCGAGGCCCCGCGACGCCUCUCACUGAGUGGUUUCGGCUUCUAUAUCAAAAUGUCGGAAAGCGAGCUUCUGGAGGACCCUAACCAGGUUGUCAUCCCGCUGGAAGACAGCCUCAGCGAUGGUUCAAAGUCGACCUGGCCUCUCAAAGACCCAAGAUGGAACUACCGCCCCAUUGAUGACAGCAGAUGGCGGGCAGCACUUGCCUUGGCCUGGGUCGAAGAGACAGGCGCCUACGAAAAAAGAGUCACUUUCUGCGUUGAAUACACACUUGAGAAGCUCCCCGAGGGGUAUUGUUUGUUUGACCGACCCAGAGGAAAAGAUCCCAAAAUACGUGAUGUUUUCCUUUUCGGCCAUCCAAGCGGGAGAUACUUUCAAUCUCGACCCACCUUCUUCCCUCAUUUUCGGUGGCUGAUGUCUGAGCGAACUGAGACUUGUACGUGCAAGCUAUGUAACAGAGAAUCAGGACCACACAACAAAGAAUCGGCGCCACGUAGCCUUCUAAUGCCAUCGAAAGGCCGAACUAAGGCCGAAAUGGAGGCCGCUAGAGCAGAGGCCGCCAGAACAGAGACUGGAAGGGCUGAAUUUAAAACCGGUCGCAUCAAGACGGACACGGAGGCUGGCAGGGCAAAGAGCUUGCGCAAGAACAAGCACAGUUCCUACAUCUUGAAGCCCAUGGGCAUCAAUGGUCCUGACUACUGGCGAGCUUGGAUCAAGAAGAUGAAACAAGCGUCUCCGAACCCCGUCGACAUCAAGGUCUGGCAACCCCUGAACAAGGACUGGGUUUUCGGCAAGGAUUUGCUGGAUACCUAUUUCGCCCAGCUGAGCAUCGACCACUCCUUCAUUCCUCGGAAAGGUGAAACCGUGCUCUUUGUCAACGAAAUGAACGGCACCUUGCAGUUUCACAAGGACACCCAAACCUUUCAGGUUUUCGGCUACGAUGGAGAAUGGAAGGGUACACCUGAAUGGCGCGCUGGUAUCGUCACUCAAACCCCAGCUCCUGGCGUCAAGAAAACAUAUGCGCUCGACAUCCACGAUUCCGCUAACGAGAAUGCUUUGGCCACUAUCACCAACACGGGGUUCCGCGUUGAAUGUCUUCCUGACCCGGUUGACGACGACAAGAGCUUUUCGAUACGAAACGCUUACGUUCCUCUCAAUUGCAUGAAGCCAAUGAACUCUUGGGAGCUCUUUAUGCACCGAAUCCCUCGCGAGAAGUGGCACCCCACGAUCGAAUUCGCUCUCACGUCCACAUCCUCCUUCAGCAUGUUGCACUUCACUUGGUUCAGAGGCACCUGGCCCACCGCUCGCAUUCAUUGUAUGGGAAUCUGGGUCGGUCACGAACUUCUUGCUGUGAGGGAUACAAUUAGACUGAAACCCUUCAAGCUCACGCUGGCGGACUAUAAAGAUAGUACCAAAGAAGUGGACCGUAAGGUCACCGACGUCAUGACCAUCUCGGAUAUUUGGCUGGAGUGGACUGGCUGUGUGGAUGACGAGAACGCGAAUGAGUAUGCGAAGAAAGUUACAGCCUGGAUCGAAGGCAAAGUCUACACUUUGGACAAAAAUCGUUUGAACCGCCCAUGCGCAUUCGGCAACAAGCCUCUUGAGGAACUGGACGACCACGAAACCGAUUGUGCUUUCAACCAAGUGGGCAUGUCUGAGUACGGACAGUGGUACCGUAUGAAUGGAAAUAGUCCCUGCCGGAUCACCCCGGGUUCCGUUCUCGGCCGCUGCUACGAGCCCGUGCCCACCAAGCUUCAUUACGGAUCAUUUGGCCUCGGAUACGACCUCCAGAGCGUACUUAAAGCACGCCAAUACUCAGUUGAAACGGACAAUCGCAUUCCAGUUCAAAAUCUCUGGUUCUUCGGUGACAAUCGCGUGGAGACACUGGGCCUGGCAGAGGUAAAUGGUAUCGAAGUCGGACCGGCCGCCGAAGUAAACCAGGAACCUGAUCGAUGGCUGUCUAUCUUGAAGAUCAGUGAAGGGAUUCACACCAAGAAAGACAUUGAGACGGCUGAUCUCGGAAGAGAACAGGGCAAGAGGGGCCAUCCUCGCAAGAACUUCGCAGGCGGUCGACUGGUCAGCACUGGCCUGGGUAUUAAUUCCUCCAGCGGUGAGAGUGCGCUCAACAGUGAGACAAAUCUCUCUGAGGGUGAAUUGGCCAGACCAAAUCCCUUCACACAAGGAGACACAUUGAACCAUGAGGACGAAGACGAAUGGGUUGCCGACAAAGAGGCUCAGGCCGAUGACGAGGGCUCACAGUCUUAG